CCAUGAGCCUUGGCAUUAUGAGGUCAACUUCAGUGUGCUGUAACACAGACGGCUGUAACGUCCAAGACGCUCCAGAUCCCAACACUAGCACCCCCAAUGGAAAGACAUGUUACUCCUGUGAUGGACAGAGCUGCUUAAACAAAUUGAGCUGUUUAGGGAAUGAAGAGCACUGCAUUAAAGCAACAGGGACUGUCAGUGGCCACUCACUGGUUGUAAAAGGCUGUGCCUCUAAAUCUAUUUGUGAUGCAGCAGCAUCAGUUGAUGAAGUUCAGGGUGUCUCAUAUUGUUCAGGGAAUCUGUGUAACGGUGCUCAGAGUGUCUCUCAGAGCUUCCUGUUCCUCUGUUGUUCUCUGCUCUCCUUCAUCCUCCUGCACUGAAUCCAGCAGAUCUUCCCAUCUACAAUCAGACACACUGCACUGAAUAUAGAGCUUGUUUUUUCUCCGUACAAUGCAUCCUUUGUGUCCUGAUAUUUUUUUUGUCUGUGACAUUCUGAUGUGACACUUUAUGAAAUAAAAUGUUUCUGGGGUUAAGGGUUUAACCUUGAGUUUAGCUUGUCACACUAAAAAGUCAGAAAAAUAUACUGUAAAAAUACAAAUGUUUUAAAAGAUCAUUAUCUUCAUAAGAGACAUAUGAUAAUUAUGUAAAGAAGAAUUUUU